UCAUGUGGAGUGACUAAAUUUUACAAGGAGCGAUAUGACUCUUCGCCGACAAACAAAUCGUCAAUCGGAAAGUCCUUGACAUUGCUGUUCGUAAGGAAGGCUGAAAACACUGAUAAAGCCAACAGCGGUGAGUAAAUCCCGAUCUAGUUCAUUUUAAGAACUGUUUUCAACAGCGUUAGUUGACAACAGCUUAGCGAGAAGUAGCGUACAUGGAUAUGCGUACUUGUAGUGUCACUCUGACUAAAUGUCCUUUCGUUGAUAACUACACUACAUCUAAAGCACAGUCAUGAAUAACCGGGGCGUGUUGCCUGAGCCGAAUGACUCUGGAAAGCCACAGGUGCAUCCUCUCUACAGCUCACACAACAUAAAGCUGUACUCACACUUCAUACCAGUGUAUGUCCAGCACCCAUGGCCGACUAAUCUGGAGCUGGUUGAACCGGAACCGAGCCAGGUCUCGACAUCUCGUACGAGUUUGCACGGUUCAAUCCAACAGACAAAGGUUGUUGCACAUGUUCGAAACAGCUCUGUUCCUCGAGAAAAACCAAGAGAUCACACACAGAGGAAUGACUGUCCGCCUCCUGCAGCACAUGGGGUAUUGCAUUGCCAGGACGAACAGGGAACUGCUGAGACAGCACUGGGGCUGAUAGCUAGUGCUUCUGAUGACGUUACGUCGCAACCUGAAACAAAUACCAAACAAGAGUGUGAACGUUUAAAGGACUUCCAGACACCGUGCAUUAAUAAAGGACAAGAUAUGGACACAGAGAGAUCUUCGAAGACAGAGCGGCCAUUGAAUAGAAAAAAAGACAAACAGGCUAUGGUGCCAAAAACAGGCCGCAUGUCGAUACCCUUGAUUGCCAUGAAACCAUGCAAGCUGUUGCACAGAGGUCAUGUACCAUAUUCAGUCAUCGUGCGGACGAAGCGCAGGCCAAGUGGUGUGUACAAGAUAGCCUACAAGUGGGAAACUAUCUAUGUCAGUUCGCCAACAAGCAAUAUCAUCAAGGAGCUUCGGAAACAGUUCAGUGGUGAUGGCAAGUAGGAGAUAGUAAAGUUCUUGCUGAAUCUUCCCAAGGAGGAACUUGAGCUGGUGUCAGUGUUCUGGCUUAAUGAGAGCAUACACGUCCAACACUGUGGAAGGUCCUACCUGGAAUGUAUUAGAGACCUGCAGGGAAAGAAACCAAUGCUUAACGACAUACAACUGAUUCUCUGCUCGAUGACAAAUGCCAGUGUGACAGAAGAUCCAGACAGAUAUAGCCCUUUAGAUGAUCAUAGUGCACCUACAUUCCGCUUGAUGCCGAGAAAGAGACCUGCGUGUGAUGAUGGAGAGAAAUCACAGUUUCAUACCGAUGCAAAGAAAAUAAAGUAUGAUCAACAUGGACAACUGUCAAGGCAUCUUCCGACAAAGAGUCCCAAGGACACAGUGCCGAGUACAGUAAUGAACUUGAAUAUGAAAAUAACUGAGAUGUCACUGAGCAAUGUUUCUACAAUACCAGCCUUGGCCGUCUCAUCCGGACGAAGAUCUCAACCAAUACGACCUUCUGAAGAUAAGUCAAUGAACCUUCAAAACUUUCAUGAAAAUCAGACAACCCAUGAUGUUCUUCAGCAGUUAGGUAUUUCUCCCCGGUCACCAGAAUUUGAAGCCAGGACCGAAAAUGAUAAUAUUGGGAAAGUGACUGGACAUGCUGUACCAACGAACAUCAUUAGAAAAGAUAAAAGAGUAGAUGCGACACUUUCAACUGUCACUAAAGAGUACCAACCUGCCUGUCCUACCACAAUACAGGUAAAUAAAUAUUCCCCAAAGAAGCUACAACGACAGAGCAUCAGAAGAAAAUGUAAAUCUCCCAGUAAAGAGACAUUAAGAGAUCACUCAACGGUUCUAGGGAAACAUUCACAGACAGGAUCCCCUUGUUUCGAACCAUCCUCUGCAGAGAAGGGCCAGAAACACACUGUCGGUUCUGCACAUUCUCAACACACAAAAAUAACACCUCGAUAUGAGCUUAUGCAGCCUGAGAAGAGAACGAGGGGCAAUGUCUAUUCAGAUCAAGAACAGAAAGUAUCAACAACAAGUGGAAAUGACCCUACUAAGAACAAGAAAAUGACUCCAGUGUCUUCCGAAUCAAUUUCCAAUAACAGUUUUGCAAACAAACCGUCUGUGAUCACGCCUAAUGCUGUAAACCAGAAACCAGAACUAAAUGUGUCCAAACUGUUGGAGAGAAUGUUAAAGGCUGCACCAACCCAACAGAACCCACCAAACUUUCUUGGUCAGACAAAAACGCCUGGUGAAGGUAGAAGCUGUAAAACCAAGAAUCCACAGUACAAAGGCCGAGGCUCCCAUACUGGAAAGACUUUGGUUUGUGAGUCCAUUGUCUCCAGUACGCAAACAUAUUCUUCAAUCCAACACUCUCAGACAAAAGUUAGAAACAAAACAUCCGGAGAAACACGUAAAAUCAGGGCACGACAAUUGCUUAAGAAAGGCACAGAUUCAACGCAAGGUGUUGGGGUAUUCUCAGUGCUCAAGACCUUUGGCUCGAAAGUUUUGAAUAUGAUGAACCCAUUUGUAACUCCAAACGAUGGUCAGUAGGGUUGCAAACGCUCAAACAACACUGAGCUUAUACACUGCUUUGAACAUGAGUUCAGUUGAUGCGCGGCAGCAGCCCAAACUGAUGUACUCUGUCGGACAAAAGAGAGUAUUCAUCCGAGGCUGAUGAUGAAUAAAACAAACAAGAUAUGGUCAUUCUAUGGUGAUGUAUUUGAUACAGGUAUCACAGUAAACUGUUGUGUUUUAGACCUUACGUUUGCAGUGUUGCAGCGACUGUUUUCCGCCUUGUAACGUUUUGAUAACGUUUGGCAUUUUUUGUCAUCUCCAAUUUUCAAGUGUAUCCUUUCUUUUGCCCGGUCACAGACAUACACACUUACCACUGAAAACCCACCUUCACUCGUAUUGUGCUGACAAACAUAAUCAGGUGAAUAUUGGAAUCGAGGCAUCUUGAUGCAGCUCUGAACAGUCGGGGGGCACGGUUGUCUGAGGCGCCGCGAUUCGCCGUGCAGAGUUGCGUCCCUUGGGCUGGCUGGAAACCUAUGAUUGUGGGUUCGAAUCCCGGUUCGCCCCGAUAAUGUUUCUAGGU